CACAAACCAUAGUUUCGCAUGAGCAGUAGUUGAAUAUGGCGACACCAACCUAGACAUUGUUUCGUAUCAACAAUAUCUAACAUGGCGACAGCCAGCUUUUCAAAGAAUAAAUCUUCGCAAAGAUCCAGAGUUCUACAAAUACCGGGAACGAAACCGUCACUGUUCAACCACCAACUUCUAGUGUCCUCUGGAGUACCAUCGUUUGAUAACCUCUUGGGUGGCGGCAUUGCUGUUGGUUCCUUGGUAUUGAUUGAAGAAGAUACUUUUGGUCACUAUGGUCAACUGUUACUGAAAUAUUUCCUGUCUGAAGCGGUAAUGACCGGUCAGUCCAUACUACUUGCUGGAACAGAGGGCCAUCCACAGAGUGUACUUAAGGAACUACCGAAACCUAUUGUUGAUGAUGUCACCCCGGUACAGUCAAACAUGAUGCAGACAGAUGAAAUGAAGAUAGCUUGGCGUUACCAACAUCUUAAUAAAUACCAGUCCAAUCCCACAGCCGUCAAGUUUGGACAUUACUAUGACCUCAGCCAAUAUAUGGAUGAAGAUUUGGUGUCCAGUGCUGAUGUAACAUUGAUCACUUCACAGCAACUCUCUCAGCAACAUUUACAUGAGGAACCACCAGGUAUUGAACCUACAAACCUUGAGAUGUCAGCCUGUCUACAGUGUCUUCUCUUGAAUAUUCAACAACAUAUCCAAGAUGGUCAGUUUGGUACUCAGGACCAACCUGAGAAGCACAAUGUCCUAAGAAUAGCAAUCCCAUCUUUGGGUUCUCCACUCUGGGGCAAUUUAAAGACAAGUGAAUCAGAUGGUUUACUGUCUAUAGUUGACACUGACCUUCUGCGCUUCCUACUUGCUUUAAGGGCCAUUCUAAGAUCAUCCUUUGCUGUGUGUAUGGUAACUGUACCGUCACUCAUUAUGGAGGAUGCUAAUUUUAUCCACAAAAUUGAACGACUCUGUGAUACUGUUGUGCAUUUGGAGAGUUUUGCUGGUUCCAGCCGCAGCGAGAACCCUUUGUAUAAAGAAUAUCAUGGUUUGUUCCAUGUUAAGCAAUUACCAAAAUUGAAUGCAAUCAAGUGUCAGAUGCCAGACACAACAGACUGGGCCUUUAAACUGAGACGUAAGAAGUUUGUGAUUGAGAAACUUCAUUUGCCACCAGAUCUCUCUGAAACCGUAAGCCGAUCAGAAAGCCGACCUGGAAUUAUAGGAUGUGGUACCACUGGACAUCGACAUCUUGACUUCUAAAAUUUGAUUGUUCAUGAAGAUGGUAUGGCAACAGCUACUGGUUGUUUGUUGUGAUGAUGAUGAUGAUGAUGGCCAUAACGUUGACUGUAAUCCAGAAGGUUCUCUCACCUACUCCACUGUUAUCUCUUUAUUGUCAACACCGGCGCUAUAUUAUGGCCAAUACACUAAUAUCAGCUCAGUAUCAAGGUUAGAUUUGGUAUAACGAUCUUAGGGGUAGCCUUUUACAUAAUUCCAAAUGUAAUCGAGAUGCCAGAAUUGUCUCCCUUGCCUCUUACAUCUCGCUAUUAAUUCUCUUCAGCGCUUUUUUCAGUAAAGGGAGAGAAUUAAGUGAAAAUUUUCUUCCCCUCAUGUUAAGUGUGUUAGUGGCUGACCAGAGAAUAUCGAGACGAAGGGAUCUUGUUUUGUGGGCAGCAUUAUUUCUAAAUAUAUAAGAAAGCACAGGUCAGUGAAAUAAAGAUGACAUUGGAUCUUUUCCUUUUGAACGGCAGUUUUCAGCACAAUUUCUAGUUAACUAAACACUUUUAAACUUCGUAUACUGGUAGAAUA